AUGGUGCUUUUUGAAUUGAUAUCCGACUUUAAAAUUGUAAUUUUUUCGGUAUUUUUUGUUAUCGCUCUCCUCAAACUGCGUGAUUAUCUCAAAUGGAGAAAAAGCGCAGAUAAUAUCCCCGGCCCAUCAGCUUCAUUGUUGACUGGUAACAUGCUUGACAUUGGGCGUGCUGGAGGAUUAUUUUUUUAUUUACAUUAUCUCCAUAAAAUUUAUGGGCCUGUGGUCAAGUACUGGGCUGCUCCAAAUGAACUUCAUGUCACAAUAAACGAUCCCGACAUUCUCGAACAGCUAUCCAUCCAGACUACCGAAAGACCAUUAGCUUUUGUUGAAUUCUUGAAGGGAUUCUUUGGCAAUCGUGGCUUAAUAUAUUUGACUGGACAGUCCGCAAAAGAAAGAAGAUUAAUAUGGCACAAGGUAUUUGCAAAAAGGCCAUACGAGGCUGUUAUAGCAAGAUUUUGCGAAAUUAUUAACAAGCGGAGCACAGAAUGGCUAAUGCGAAGGAAAGAUGGAGAAACAUCCGUCACUAUCGAUAUUCAGGCAGAAUCACGUUUUUUGUGGAACAAACUCAAUGAUUACAACGUAUUUGGUAACUCUGCUAGCUCUGAAAGUUUAAGCGCAAAAUUUGAAGAGGCUAUUGAGGUAUUAUUACAAAUACGGUACAGAUUUACUCCCGUCUUGCCAUAUACUCAAUUGUGGCACCGGAAACGUGCUCUCCUUGAGGACGUACGUAGAGAAGUUGACCGAUUAAUUAAAGAGCAAUUGCAAAACCGUGGAGGAGCAAAGCCUACAGGAAGCGAUCUCUUGAGCAUUCUACUUAAUGAUGAGGAGCUUGACGAAGAGUCAUUUUUUGAUGAGGUUUUAACUCUACUAUUUGUUGUCACUGAUAAUUUUAUGGGAGUGGCGACUUUCUUACACCAAAUAGCGUUACAUAAACAUAUCCAAGAGAGAAUACGAAAAGAAAUACAAGACGUAUUAGGAGAUAAGACACUAACAUCACUAGAUGAUUUGACUCGUUUAACUUACGUCAGAGCUGUUGUCAAGGAAACUUUGAGAUAUGGUGGUACCAGCAAUAUAACGCUUCGAACUAUAGACAAGGACUAUCUUAUCAAGAACAAAUACUUUAUUCCCAAAGACGCUUUUGUUGUAAUUCCUAUACGUGUUCUUCACCGAAAUUCAGAUUAUUGGAGUAAUCCUGACAAGUUUGAUCCUGACAGAUUUAUGGAAAACGGCGAGAAAUUUGAGAAUAGACCAAGAAUGGCGUACGUCCCGUUUGGGUUUGGAUCUCGGUCAUGUCUUGGACAGAGAUAUGUGAUGAAUACACUUACGUUGAUAGCUUGCUCGCUCGUUAGAAAAUUUGAUAUAGAUGCCGUUACUAAGGAGGAUGAGAUAAUUUGGAAGGCUGGCAUAUUUUCAGAGCAUUCAGCAAAUGGCAUUUGGUUAAAUUUUACUCCAAGAAAUGUUGAGUAA